AUGAGUCUUUUAUCUUUACCUGAUCAAAUUCUCACUCAGGUGACAUUAAAUCUAGAAUUAAAGGAUCUGUUAGCACUCGGCGAUAGUCAUACAAGACUACGAGAUUUGGUCUACAAGACGCCUGAAAUAUGGACCAGCGAUUUACUGUUUCCUGUUGCUGAUGGACGCAUUACGGACAGGUUUAUCAAAUGCAUUGUACCACGCAUUACUCGUCAUUAUGGCAUCUUGUCAUUGAAAAUGAUCCACCUGCCCCUGACCUGGACAGGCUAUUUUAUGGUAUUUGAUCAAUUCGCACACUCGGUAAAGCAUGUUCACAUGAAGACAUCGUUGAGCAACCUGAGACAACUGGUGCAUCAUUUGGGCGUGUUUGCAGGUAAUCUAGCCGUGCUACAACGGAGCAACAGGAUCCCUAUUACGUUUCGGCAGUACUCUUUUGAUCCUGAAGAGUAUGCAAAUGAGCUAGCCGAGUCUCAUUAUUUGGGUCAAAGCACGUUACACAAUCUCAUCAAUCAAUUCCCUCACAUGAAGCUGGAUGAUCCGCCAUUUGAACGAUUGCAAGUGUUCAAUGUGGAUGUUAAAGAGGACCAAGACCAGCAAGAGCAACAGCAUCUUUUCAGCCAGCUGGAAUCACUGACAUGCUUUCUGUCUGGCAGAACCACGAAUGAUGCUGCUCCCACUCCAUCCCCUGUACCAACCAAUCAAAUCCUUAAAGCCAACAGCAAGAGACAAAGAGAGGAGGAGGAGGAGGAGGAACAGCAUUUGAAUAACAACAGCAAAUACAUGCGACAUCAGACAAGCCCUCAUCCUCAGCAGCAGCAGCCCACCUAUUAUUCAUAUCACCGUCAUCAAGAGCCACGUCCAGACCAUCCAGAACAAGGGAACCUACAACAACAUCAUCACCAUCAAAUAACGAGACCAUACUCUACCACAAACUAUGUAUAA